CCUCCUGGCUGUGCAGCGCGCGAGGCGGAGCAAGUUGCCCGCCGCCGCCGCCGCCGCCGCGCUGGGCGAGAGCCUGCACCCGCGCCGCCGCUGACAGGAGGACCGCCGAGGGCUGCGCUAGCCGCCGGGAGGCCCCGCCGCGCCUUUCUCGGACGCAGACCCACAGCGGGCGUCGGAGCGCAGCGAGGUGCUCUGGGAUCGCGGGCGGCGCCGGCGGGCGGCGCGGUCCUCACAGGAGACCCCGGGGACUCGGGCUUGACCCCGAGGUGCAGCGAACCCCCCUCAGAGCGGCAGUUUUGUGAACACUAGAAUAGCACAACCAUGUUUCGGAAUAGUCUCAAGAUGCUUCUUACUGGAGGGAAAUCAAGUCGUAAGAACAGAUCAAGUGAUGGAGGGAACGAGGAAGGACCAGAUCGAAGACAGUCAAGUGUAGACUCUCGCCAAAGCCGCUCUGGGCAAGGUGGCAUCUCCACAGAAAGCGACUGUGCUUUUGAGCCAGACUACGCCGUCCCACCACUUCCAGUGAGUGAAGGUAUGCAGCACAUUCGGAUUAUGGAGGGCAUGUCUCGCUCUCUUCCAUCCUCCCCCUUACUCACACAUCAGUCUAUCAGUGUUCGGCUCCAACCUGUGAAGAAGUUAACUGCCCCUCUGAGGAAGGCAAAGUUUGUUGAGAGCCCACGAAUUCCAGAAUCCGAGCUUGGCUCACCAACCCUCACUUCAUCUCAGAAACUGGACGUGGAUGCAUACUGCCCUGGUGAUGCUGAACAAGAACUUGGUCCCCCUCCAUCUGUAGAUGAGGCAGCAAACACACUCAUGACUCGUCUGGGUUUCCUCCUUGGAGAGAAAGUCACGGAAGUUCAGCCAGGUGACCAAUACAACAUGGAAGUACAGGAUGAAAAUCAGACCUCAGCAAUCACCCAGAGGAUAAGUCCCUGUUCCACCUUGACUAGCAGCACUGCCUCUCCACCAGCCAGUAGCCCCUGCUCCACUCUCCCGCAAGUCAGUGCAAAUGCAACUGCCAAGGAUGGCAGCUAUGGGGCUGUCACUAGUCCAACCUCCACCCUUGAAAGCAGAGAUAGUGGUAUCAUUGCUACCUUGACAAGCUAUUCUGAAAACAUGGAACGCACAAAAUACGUUGGGGAAAGCAGUAAAGAAUUAGGAUCUGGAGGAAACCUAAAGCCUUGGCAGUCUCAAAAAUCCAGCAUGGAUUCCUGUUUAUAUCGAGUAGAUGAAAACAUGACGGCUUCCACCUAUAGUCUGAAUAAGAUCCCAGAGAGGAAUUUGGAAACGGUUUUAUCACAGUCAGUACAGUCUAUUCCUCUUUAUCUUAUGCCACGGCCAAAUUCAGUAGCAGCCACAAGCUCCACCCACUUGGAGGACCUCGCUUACCUGGAUGAGCAGAGACAUACACCUUUGAGAACUUCUCUUCGAAUGCCAAGACAGAGCAUGGCCGGUGCUCGCACACAACAGGAUUUAAGAGUUCGCUUUGCACCUUAUAGGCCUCCAGAUAUCUCCCUGAAGCCGCUGCUCUUUGAAGUGCCCAGCAUCACUACAGAGUCAGUGUUUGUUGGCCGGGAUUGGGUUUUCCAUGAAAUAGAUGCUCAACUUCAAAGUUCAAAUGCCAGCGUGAACCAAGGAGUAGUGAUCGUGGGAAACAUUGGGUUCGGCAAAACCGCCAUCAUCUCCAGACUGGUGGCCCUCAGCUGCCAUGGAACACGGAUGAGACAGAUCGCCUCAGACAGCCCACAUGCCUCCCCCAAACAUGUGGAUGCCAACAGAGAGCUGCCACUCACACAGCCACCUUCAGCCCACUCAUCCAUCACCAGUGGAAGCUGCCCAGGAACUCCAGAAAUGCGGAGGCGGCAGGAGGAGGCCAUGCGGAGACUAGCCUCGCAGGUGGUUGCCUAUCACUAUUGCCAAGCAGAUAAUGCCUACACCUGCCUGGUGCCGGAAUUCGUCCACAAUGUUGCUGCCCUGCUCUGCCGCUCACCGCAGCUGGCGGCCUAUCGGGAGCAGCUUCUCCGGGAGCCUCACCUACAGAGCAUGCUGAGCCUUCGGUCCUGUGUUCAAGAUCCCAUGGCCUCCUUCCGGAGGGGAGUGCUGGAGCCCCUGGAGAAUCUCCACAAAGAGAGAAAAAUCCCAGAUGAAGAUUUCAUCAUCUUAAUUGAUGGAUUAAAUGAAGCAGAAUUUCACAAACCGGAUUAUGGGGAUACAAUUGUAUCAUUUCUGAGUAAAAUGAUUGGAAAAUUUCCUUCCUGGCUCAAACUAAUUGUAACAGUUAGGACCAGUUUACAGGAAAUUACCAAGCUGCUGCCUUUCCAUAGGAUUUUUUUGGAUCGACUAGAAGAGAAUGAAGCCAUAGACCAGGACCUGCAGGCUUACAUCCUGCACCGGAUACACAGCAGCUCAGAGAUCCAGAAUAACAUUUCACUUAAUGGCAAAAUGGACAAUACUACAUUUGGCAAACUCAGUUCUCAUCUCAAGACACUCAGUCAAGGGUCCUAUCUAUACCUGAAACUCACAUUUGACCUCAUAGAGAAAGGCUAUCUAGUGUUAAAGAGCUCUAGCUACAAAGUAGUUCCUGUUUCGCUCUCUGAGGUUUACUUACUCCAGUGCAAUAUGAAGUUCCCAACCCAGUCUUCCUUUGACCGGGUGAUGCCUCUCCUGAAUGUGGCAGUGGCCUCUCUCCACCCACUGACUGAUGAACAUAUCUUCCAAGCCAUCAAUGCUGGCAGCAUUGAAGGCACGCUAGAAUGGGAGGAUUUUCAGCAGAGAAUGGAGAACCUCUCCAUGUUCCUAAUCAAGCGCAGAGACAUGACUCGUAUGUUUGUGCAUCCUUCUUUUCGAGAAUGGCUUAUCUGGAGAGAAGAAGGAGAGAAAACCAAAUUUCUCUGUGAUCCCAGGAGUGGUCACACAUUACUUGCCUUCUGGUUUUCCCGCCAAGAGGGAAAACUAAACCGACAGCAGACAAUUGAACUGGGACAUCACAUCCUCAAAGCACACAUUUUUAAGGGUUUGAGUAAAAAAGUUGGAGUAUCAUCCUCCAUCCUCCAAGGUCUCUGGAUCUCCUAUAGCACAGAGGGUCUUUCCAUGGCAUUGGCAUCUUUACGAAAUCUCUAUACUCCAAAUAUAAAGGUCAGCCGACUGCUGAUUUUGGGAGGUGCCAACAUUAAUUACCGGACAGAGGUUUUAAAUAAUGCUCCAAUUCUAUGCGUCCAGUGUCAUCUUGGUUACACAGAAAUGGUGGCCCUGCUGUUGGAGUUUGGGGCCAACGUGGAUGCCUCCUCGGAAAGCGGCCUGACUCCUCUGGGUUAUGCUGCAGCCGCAGGCUUCCUAAGCAUUGUCGUGCUGCUGUGCAAGAAACGGGCCAAGGUGGAUCACUUGGAUAAGAAUGGGCAGUGUGCCUUGGUCCAUGCUGCACUCCGAGGUCAUCUGGAGGUUGUCAAGUUUUUGAUUCAGUGUGACUGGACAAUGGCGGGCCAGCAGCAAGGGGUGUUUAAGAAGAGCCACGCCAUCCAGCAGGCCCUCAUCGCUGCAGCCAGCAUGGGUUAUACUGAGAUUGUCUCCUACCUACUUGAUCUUCCAGAAAAAGAUGAGGAGGAGGUGGAGCGAGCACAGAUCAACAGCUUUGACAGCCUCUGGGGAGAGACAGCCCUGACAGCUGCAGCCGGAAGGGGCAAACUGGAGGUGUGUCGUCUGCUCCUGGAACAGGGGGCAGCAGUGGCCCAGCCAAACCGCCGAGGGGCAGUGCCCUUAUUCAGCACCGUUCGCCAAGGCCACUGGCAGAUCGUUGAUCUUUUACUCACCCAUGGAGCCGAUGUCAACAUGGCGGACAAGCAGGGCCGUACUCCCCUGAUGAUGGCGGCUUCCGAAGGCCACCUGGGAACUGUGGACUUUCUCCUUGCUCAAGGUGCCUCCAUCGCGCUAAUGGACAAAGAAGGAUUGACAGCCCUCAGCUGGGCUUGUUUGAAGGGUCAUCUCUCAGUAGUACGUUCUCUGGUGGAUAAUGGAGCUGCCACAGACCAUGCUGACAAGAAUGGCCGCACCCCACUGGAUCUGGCGGCUUUCUAUGGUGAUGCUGAGGUGGUCCAGUUCCUGGUGGAUCACGGGGCCAUGAUCGAGCACGUUGACUACAGCGGAAUGCGCCCUUUGGAUAGGGCAGUGGGGUGCCGGAACACUUCUGUUGUUGUCACUCUUCUGAAGAAAGGAGCCAAGAUAGGUUGUCAGACGUUACCGAGUCGCCCACGAGGUCCAGCCACAUGGGCGAUGGCCACCUCCAAACCAGACAUCAUGAUCAUCCUGCUGAGCAAGCUGAUGGAAGAGGGGGACAUGUUUUAUAAGAAAGGGAAGGUAAAGGAAGCUGCCCAGCGCUACCAGUACGCUCUGAAGAAAUUCCCUAGAGAAGGGUUUGGUGAGGACUUGAAAACCUUCCGGGAGCUAAAAGUGUCUCUCCUCCUCAACCUCUCUCGAUGUCGCAGGAAAAUGAACGAUUUUGGAAUGGCGGAGGAAUUUGCUACUAAGGCCCUGGAGCUGAAACCGAAAUCUUAUGAAGCUUACUAUGCAAGAGCAAGGGCAAAACGCAGCAGCAGACAGUUUGCAGCAGCCUUAGAGGACCUGAACGAGGCCAUCAAGCUGUGUCCAAACAACCGUGAGAUCCAGAGACUUCUGCUGAGAGUGGAGGAAGAGUGCCGACAGAUGCAGCAACAGCCGCCGGCGGCACAGCAGCAGCCUCAGCAGCAGUUACCGGAGGAAACAGAACCCGAACCCCAGCAUGAAGAUAUCUACUCCGCGCAGGACAUACUCGAGGAGGAGUUCUUGGAACAGGAUGUUGAGAAUGUGUCCAUCGGCCUCCAGACGGAGGCUCGGCCCAGCCAGGGGCUCCCGAUAAUCCAGAGCCCGCCCUCCUCCCCGGCCCACCGCGACUCGGCCUGCAUCUCCAGCUCGCCUCUCGGCUCCCAUCAGGGUUUUGACUUCCGGCCCAGCAGCUCUGUGGGCUCUCCCACUAGGCAGGGUUACCAGUCCGCCUCACCUGCCCUUUCUCCGACUCACCAGAACUCGCAUUACAGGCCCAGCCCCCCGCAUACUUCCCCCGCUCAUCAGGGAGGGUCUUACCGCUUCAGCCCCCCUCCUGUGGGAGGGCAGGGCAAGGAGUACCCGAGCCCUCCCCCGUCCCCUCUCCGCAGAGGCCCUCAGUAUCGGGCCAGCCCUCCAGCGGAAAGCAUGAGUGUCUACAGAGCCCAGUCAGGCUCCCCCGUGCGCUAUCAACAAGAAACAAGUGUGAGUCAGCUUCCUGGCAGACCGAAAUCUCCAUUAUCCAAGAUGGCCCAGCGGCCCUACCAGAUGCCCCAGCUUCCUGUGGCAGUGCCCCAGCAAGGGCUCAGGCUCCAGCCGGCCAAAGCCCAGAUUGUGAGAAGCAACCAGCCCAGCUCAGCAGUUCAUUCGAGCACCGUCAUCUCCACAGGGGCCUAUGGCCAAGUGGCCCAUUCGAUGGCUGGCAAAUACCAGUCUUCACAAGGAGACAUAGGAGUAAGUCAGAGCCGGUUGGUUUAUCAGGGGUCCAUCGGGGGGAUUGUAGGGGACGGGAGACCCGUGCAGCACGUGCAGGCCAGCCUGAGUGCAGGCGCCAUCUGUCAGCAUGGAGGGUUGACCAAAGAAGACCUUCCCCAGCGACCUUCCUCCGCCUAUCGAGGUGGCAUGAGAUACAGCCAGACACCACAGAUUGGGCGUAGCCAGUCCGCAUCCUAUUACCCAGUCUGUCACUCAAAACUAGAUCUGGAGCGUUCCUCCAGCCAACUAGGUUCCCCCGAUGUGUCACAUUUAAUCAGAAGACCUAUUAGUGUCAACCCUAAUGAAAUCAAACCCCACCCACCAACUCCCAGGCCAUUGCUGCACUCCCAAAGCGUAGGCCUUCGUUUCUCUCCAUCUAGCAAUAGUAUCUCAUCCGCCUCCAACCUAACUCCUACCUUCCGGCCAUCUUCCUCGAUUCAACAAAUGGAGAUCCCACUGAAACCGGCAUACGACAGGUCAUGUGAUGAGCUAUCGCCAGUGUCUCCCACUCAGGGAGGUUACCCCAGUGAGCCCACCCGAUCCAGGACCACACCAUUCAUGGGGAUCAUAGAUAAAACGGCCCGGACUCAACAGUACCCCCACCUUCACCAGCAGAAUCGGACCUGGGCAGUGUCAUCAGUGGAUACCGUUCUCAGUCCUACGUCUCCGGGCAACCUGCCUCAGCCUGAGUCCUUCAGCCCACCGUCAUCCAUCAGCAACAUUGCCUUUUAUAACAAAACCAACAAUGCACAGAAUGGCCAUUUGCUGGAGGACGAUUACUACAGCCCCCAUGGGAUGCUGGCUAACGGGUCCCGCGGAGACCUGCUGGAGAGAGUUAGCCAGGCCUCCUCGUACCCCGACGUGAAAGUGGCUCGGACCCUCCCUGUGGCUCAGGCGUACCAGGACAACCUGCACAGGCAGCUGUCCCGGGACCCUCGACAUGGGCAGACAUCCCCUAUCAAACCAAAGAGACCAUUUGUGGAGUCUAAUGUUUAAAAGACGUGUGUUGGAGCGAGACCCCUAUGUGUUCACUGCACAUUUUCAGGCUUGGUUUCCACAUUCGAGGUAGUUCUCUGGCUUAAUUUCUCAUGUAGUUUCCACGUGGUGUUCAGAGGUGCAGCCCACAUGCCGAAAUCCUUUGCAUGCAGCCGACUGGGAAGCUGGCCUCCGGGGAGCCAGGACUUGGGUUUCUUUUGUCUGUACCCUAGCCACACGCUCUCUCCCUCUCUUCAGAUGCCAACGAGGAGAUUGUUGUGCCGUGUGCUUUAACCCAGGGAGAUCAGACACACUGGUCAGCUUUUUCCAGGAGACAAUCGCUUUCACUGAUGUUCUUGUUGUGUAAAAUGUCUUUCUCCUUUUUUACAAAAAUAAGAUGUUCUUGUUCGUUUUCUUCUAGGAACUUUAGAAAGAGUGUGAUGCCCCUUUGCCUUUGCAUUCUUAUCCAGUGUUAUCCAAAUAGCAGCCCCAGUGCAUUCUUGUGCCAUGGUCUCCUCCCCUGGACCGCCAGCUCCCUGCAGCCAUCAGGUCUAGAAUGUUCAUUUAGAUUAUUGCUGGUCUUCCUAUGGGGGUAAAGGAUCAAGGAGAAAGAGAGGAAAUAAGAAAGCACCAAUACAGUUAUUUGAAAUGUUACUACAUGGAUUUCCCAAGAGGCAUUUUAGGAACAUUCAGAAAACAACCAGCCCUUUAAAUAUUUCAGUCAGCCAAGGAAACUGGAUGAGAAUCAUGCAUAUUUUUAAAUAAUUCACUGAGUUAUUCUUUACGUUUUUAGCCAAAUUAACCAUUAAAAGCUACCAAUUUUCCAUGGGUGGGGGAGAGAAUAAAUACAUAGAGAGAGACUGUUCUGGAUUCUCAGUGGAAGGCUGUAGAAAAUCUGUCUUGGAGAAAUCUACUUUUUGGGUUCUGAUACGUCACUGAGCAUCGUAUUCCACAAAAAGCAUACUCUUCCCGGAGGUUGACUGGUGUAUAAUCCUGUUAAGUUGGAUCUUUGCCUAGAGCCAGAUUUUGUUCUACUGGCCCUCUUUUUUUUGUUUUUUAAACCCAGAUGGUAUAGUGAAGAAUUGGUUUUUGGGGAAGGAAGUUGAAUUCUCUGGGGACAGUAAGACUUAUUCCCAGAGCUUGCACCCAGGGCCAUUGCAUUCCAUGGCAAAUGUUGUCUAACUCCAUUUCAAGAUCUAUUGUUUCAUUAUCUAUUAUUACAGGAAUUGUUUAUUCUUUUCUUUUUCUAGGUAGGAGUGUUUGGGGAUUGAUAUUUAAAAACCGGGCACAGCAAAGUGUUUCAGGGUGAAGGAAGACCCCUUUCAGCCCUGGGUAGGAGCACAUAAGGUAGACAGCAAGUCUUCUGAUCCAGUCACCCUCCAGACAUCUCCUGUGUCUGGUGGUCCUUUGCUAACCGGUCCUUUGAGUGACUGAGGCCAGCAUGAGAUGGACGGCAAGAACACUGAAAUCAAAGCGUUAGCACAGGCCUGGUAGCGACUGCACAUCAGCUCUUAAAAUUAACAAACUAAACAACUAAAACUAAACAAAAGAGAAUUCGGUCACUGUUACCAGGAAUCAUUCUGCUCUUGUUAGUAAAGGGCUACAGGAAGGGAGGCUUCCUGAAUAAAAAUCCAGAUGUGACCAGACCUGUUUGUAAUAGUAAGUGUCCUCUGAAAGAAUCAUUAAGACAUGGGGAGCAUGAAGCUGAAAUCAGAAACACUUCUUUACUAACUUAGAUUCUGCCAAAUAGAUGAACCCCUCCACCCCCAAGCCUAGACAGGCCAGGAUGUGUGUCCUGUGCUAGAAGUAAACAGCAAGGCUAACUCAAGACCCAGCCUCUGUCAACCCUCUCUGAUGCUGAAGGACUAUCUCCCACUCAGCUAGCCCAGAGUGGACGUCAGUGUCUCUUCUCUCUCUGUCUCUCAUCAAGAAGGUGAAAUGUACAGCUAUAGCAUCAGCCUACAGCCAGGAGCCCAGCAGCCUCUCAGCUUUUUUUGUCCAGGUCUCAGCCCUGUUGGGCUCUUUGCAUCUUACCCUUUUUAACUACUACUCACUGAGGAGCUGCUGCCACAUUUUGAAAAAUUCUCAGUGUUUAUUAGAAAAGUGCCCCCUGUUUAUUUGGAACACCACACGUACCACCUGCACCCACCUGAGUGGGUGAGCAGGUUCUACAGUUUUCAAAAUAACACCACUGAUGCCACUUCUCCCGAGCGUGUAUCUUAGAAUUUUCUAGGACGGACAGAUUUAGGGUCCAUGCCUUACUGGACAAAACACCUAAACUGUCAACAGUCAAGAUGCAAUUCUUUUUUAGCCAUUGUAAGAGGGAGUGAAUAUCACUACUGGGCGCCGGUUGUUUUUGACUAAAAAUUGCCAACUGGACCUUAUUGGAGCAGGAGACAAAGUCUUUCCUUGUAAGCAGACUGCCUGUGCCCUGUUUUGCUACUUCACUGCCACGGGAUGAUCUCAGUGCUGUACCUUAGAGAUGCCUCCUCCCCGAGCAGCACUUGCUGAAUCAAUGUCUGGCUUCAGGUGGGGGGAAAUUUUUCACAUGAAACCGGUAAGUUCCACUCACCCGAUUCACAUCACCCUGAAAUGGAGACAGUGGUGACAGACUUCAGCUUACAGGUUUCUCACCAAAUCCUACCUUCCGUUCACCCAGAAUUCUUGCACUAAUGGGUUUCCAUCACAUCAUGUCUUUAAAUGGGUGCACUUUAUUGUUUGAAUUUGUAACUCUGAUAAAUACUGGAUAUUUAAGUGUGAGUAAUGUCUUCAUUAGAAAAUAGCAAAACCGCCCUUUUAGUGUAUUUUUCAAGGGAAAA